AUAGUCCAAACAGUAAAUGCUGCGAGUCAUAGAGUGUGUUUCGUUUGAGGUGAGAAGAAAAAGAAAAGUGCAGUCAGUGAUAUGGGUGGCUCCUCCUCCUCUCCCUGCUGCUCCUCUCUCUUCUGCAAUAAGUAUAGUUUUUAAUGGGGAUAGAGAGACGCGGGAAUAAUAAGGAGCAAAAAUCCAGUUUCAAAAACAAAAACAAGAACCCAAAAAAAGCUGAACAAGUGGGGUCAUCUCUCUUCUCUAUGAGAGUUUCUUUCUUCAUCUUCUUUUAGGUCUUUCCCUUCUACUGCACAUGCUCUUCCCUCCCCUUUCUUUUUGAAAUGAAAACAAAUCAGUAGCAGGGGUGAGGUUUGUGUAAGGUGCUAGAGUGUUCUUGGUUACAGUUAUUAUCUUGAAAUGGAUCGGAAGAGUUGGCUGUGGAGGAAGAGAUCUUCUUCGGAUAAGAGUCCUGGCGAAACAGAAAGCUCAGGAUCAAUAUCUUCUCAUUCUGAAAGAUACUCUGAUGAACAGCAAGAACAAUCAAAGCCAUCUCCCGUGGAUAAUAUACAAUCCCCAGAGGUCACAUCGAAAUCUGCAACCAGUGUUGAAGAGGUUAAUGACAAUAUGAGGAAUCUGACUGAAAAACUUUCUGCAGCUCUUUUGAACAUCAGCGCCAAAGAGGACUUAGUAAAGCAACAUGCCAAAGUUGCAGAAGAAGCGGUUUCAGGAUGGGAGAAGGCAGAAAAUGAAGCGGCCGCCUUCAAGCAACAGCUUGAAACUGCAGUUCAGAAGAAUUCAGCGCUUGAAGAUCGAGUGGGUCAGCUCGAUGGGGCUCUUAAGGAGUGUGUCAGACAGCUUAGGCAAGCUAAAGAGGAACAAGAACAUAAGAUUCACGAAGCUGUUGUUCAGAAAACCCAUGAAUGGGAAUCCACUAAAACUGAGCUUGAAAGCCAGCUUGACGAGCUCCGGAAAAAACUUGAAGCUGCCAAGGCUGAGCCCAAAAUUUCUAGUACUGAUCUCAAUCCAAAGCUUGAGGCUGCUAAGAAGGAAAACUCAACUCUAAAGCUUGAGCUUUCUGCUCAAGCAGAAGAGCUCGAAAUCAUGACUCUGGAGAGAGAUUUGAGUGUCCAAGCAGCCGAAUCAGCCGCAAAGCAGCGUUUAGAGAGCAUAAGAAAGGUGGCCAAGCUUGAAGCUGAGUGCCGCAGGCUCAGAGCCGCUGCUCGCAAGGCUAAUAACAAUGAUCAGAAAUCUUUUACUGUUGCCUCUUCCUCCUCGAUUUGUGUUGAAUCAUUCACAGAUAGCCAAUCAGACGGUGGAGACCGGUUACUUGCAAUCGAAAACGAUCUACCUCACAAGUUAAAUAAUAUUAGUAAUGCUGUGGAGCUGAAUGAGUCCGAGCCAGGCUGCUCAGACACAUGGGCUUCGGCUCUGAUCACUGAGCUUGAUCAGUUCAAGAAGAACGAGAAGGUUGCUGGUGGUAGAGCCCUUGCUUCUGCCUCUUCCGCAGAUAUCAAUUUCCUGGAUGAUUUCCUCGAGAUGGAGAGACUUGCAGCAUUGCCUGAAACUGAAACUGAAACAGCAGUUGCUUCCCGCCAACAACAUAAUGAUGAGAAGGGGCAGGACCAUGAUCAAUUAAAAGCAGACCUUGAUGCCAUGAUCCAGAGGACAACCGAACUGGAAGAAAAGCUAGAGAGGAUGGAAGUGGAGAAAGCACAGCUCGAGAAGGCUUUAGCUGAGAAUCAAAAUCGUCUGGGGACAUCUGAGGAUCAGCUAAGGGAAACUGAGGAGAAGCUGUUGGAGCUACAAAAAAAGAUGGGUCUUGAAGCAGUAGCAAAGCAGGCAAUCGAAUUAGAAAUUGAAUCCGCGAAUACAACGCGAAAAGCAAUGGAAUCCCAAAUUUUAGUGAUGGAAGAAGAGGUUGCGACACUACGUGCUAAGGUGGAUUCAUUAGAGAUGGAUGUCGAGGACGAACGAGCAAUGUCAGCAGAAAUUAAGAGCAAGUGUGAGUCACUGGAAGAAGAGUUAUCUGAAAGGAGACUUGAAACCGAGCGUAGGCGAGCUACCAACUCAAAUGGGGAGCUAAAGAUAAAGCAGGAUAAAGAACUGGCUGUGGCAGCUGGUAAACUAGCAGAGUGUCAGAGGACAAUAGCUUCUCUUGGGCAGCAACUGAAAUCACUGGCAACAUUGGAAGAUUUUAUGAUGGAUUCUGACGAGAAGCCACUUGAAAUAAAUGUGGGAGGAGGGUCAUUACUGACCCCAGAUAAAAGCAGUGGUGAAUAUUGGAAAUUGCACUCAAAUGAUGCUUAUUCAACUGCAAAUCAAGCAGCUGACGAUGGUUCUGGUCUCUCCAGGAACACAAAUGGUAAUAGUGGAGAGUCACCGGCAUCAUCUUCUUCGUCGUCAUCAGCUUCUUCAUCUGUAAAUCGUGUUGGUAGUUCUGAAAAAAGUCGUAAUGGGUUUAGCAAACUGUUCUCUAAAAGCAAGAGUGGUAUCCGUACAGAAAAUACUCCAUGAAUCAUCAACUAUUAUUAAUGAUGAUUAUUGAUGAUGACGUCGGCAUCUGGCAUUUUGGAUUUAGAUGGAACACUAGUAAGAUUACUUUUGUAUGUAAAGAAAGUACUUUUUUUGUUGUUCAAUAGCCGUAUUGCCGAUGAAUCAUCAUCGGAUGUUGUUGUUAUGUGAAAUUAUUGCUUCACAUGCAUGAUGCAUUACACCCCUUUGAGGUAAUAUAAACUGAUUAGUUAAUGGUUUAGAAUCCAAAUGUCUUGGAGUUCCAUUCUGUUAAAAGGAUUUUCCAUCUA